AUGGGGAGUUUUGCCAGUACUCACAAAGCUCGGGCGGAUAAGGCUACCACAAAGCCAGAGGCAAGCGAAACCUUGUCGACUGCGACCGCACCGACGGCUGCAUCGCCAACGGAGGAUGUGAAAAUGGAUGAAACAGCCGACUCCUUUGGCAAGGGUGAUUCCAUUACGGAAGGACAGUUGGAAAGUCUUCGCGUUAAGGACCCUCAGGCCUGGAAGGGAAACGCCUCCCCGCGCCCGCGGUCCGCGCUAAAGCACGGGAGCAGUACGGCGUCGUACGGCGCAGAUAGCGAGUCGUCGGGGGGUGUUGUGGAGCGCACACCUUCGGGCCGCCGAAUGCCCCGCAAGGUUUCCUUUCAGGUUCAAGGUCUGGGUAGUCCCCAAGAGCUCGGCGGAUCCUCGGCUGCCGGAGGCGGCAGUGAGGCCGGGGAGGGCGUGCCGGCGCACAAACGAGUGAAGGGGAGCGAGGAAUUUUCGAUGAGGUUCCUGGUGGAGAAGUUUUACGGCAAGGUGUUGGCACUGAAGGAGCUUCAGCCCUUUUUUGAUGGGGUAGAUAUGUUUAAGCUCAAGAACCAGCAGGAGGCGCUGAUGCUGCUGGUGUUUGGGGGAAAUGAGUUGUUGGAGGACGAGCUUCCAGGUUUAUCUGCCGACCUCCGUCUGAUCCACUUGCACCUCCUUUUUGAGGGCCUCAAUUUGUCACAUUGGCAAAUAUUUGCAGACACUUUUGGCCAGACUUUGGACGAGCUUCCCCAGAUCCCCGAGGAUGUGAAGCAGCGGGCCAAGGACUACAUGGCAACUACCAAACACCACUUCAGACCCAUUGAGCCGGAGGAGUGGCCGCCGAAGGUGGUGUACAAGGGCUGGACGAAACGCAGCUGCCCUUUUCAUUCCUCAUUUAAGCGCCCGUCGGCCGUUCAGACGACUUCUUCUUCUGCAGUGCCGCCGUCGGCAGGAGCACCAGCACCAGCCGCAGGAGCUUGUUGUGGGGGGGCGGGGUUGACGACGAAUGGACUACUACAGCAUCAAGAACAACAUCACCACCAUCAACAGAAAGCCGACGGUGAUGAUGAUGACGGCGAUGAUGACGACGACGAGUUCAUCUUGCCGGGAAUUAACAGCCCCUUGCCAGUGGUGCCUGGGCAGGAUGUCUCGGCCUCGGAAGCCGCGGGGAACUCCGCGAAUACGUCACAACCUGUGUCUUAA